AUGUAUUAAACACAAACCUCAUCUUAAAAACAAAUUGAAGAAAUGAUUGCUUAUAGUUAAUCGAAUUUAUCAAUAAUGCUAAACAUGGAACAAUUUAUGAAAUAUUUUAGAGCUAGCGAUCCAUUUGCAAUUGAUUUUUUAUCAAGAAAUGUUAAGUAAAUGUUUGACAUUUUGUUUGUUGACUAUGAUAAAGUUUAAACUGACUAAUUAGUCAUUUAUAGUGAUUUAAUUAGUAAAAUCUUUGAGAUAAUAGAUCUAAACUUAGAGCCUAUAAUGAAAUAAAUAGAAAUUUAUUGGGAAGUGAUUUUUGAUUUGAGAUGGAGAGCAGUGACACCAGAUACUUAAUGGGGAGUAGCUCAUAAAUUGUUUCAGUUGAUAAAGGAUCGAGAUAAGAGAUUUGUUCUUGAUCAAUUUCAAAGACCUAACUUUUUGGUUUCGUUUUUGCCUUUAAUUCACAUUAAUAGUGUUGCUUAGAUUUUAAUCAUCUUUUACGAGUUUGGGUUUCAUUAAUAAUAACUUGAUUUUUUGAGAGUUGGUUUUGAUCGAUUUUAAGAUUUCGAUCCUUGUAGUGCAAUCAAUUUCACUUUUAUAGUUCAUGAAAUCAUGAUAAGGAUACUAAAUGAAGCUUAAAUUGAAUAUGUGAUAAAAGGAGAAAUUCAAAGGAAAAUGUUUUCCAUAAUUGUAAGAGAGGAUAUUAAUGCAAUAACUUUGAAGAACGCUGCUCAUGUUCUGUCGUUAGUAUCAAAUUAUUACUCAAUGGAUAUGCAAAAUAUUCAAUUGGAUGAACCUGAGACAUAAGAAAUUACAUAGAAUUUUAGACGUACUGAAUUCUUUGAAUGUUUUGAUGUCAAAAUAAUAGCUAUAAUAUUAUAAUAAUCACUGUUAAAUAAAACUAAGGUUGGUCUGUUGAUUAUUAAACUCAUAGAAGUAAUUGAUAAUUUAGUCAGAAUUACAGAUAUCUAAUUAUGGGAAAAGGUUGAUAAAGCUAACAUAAUGGAGUUGAUAUUUAACUUAGUGCAUAAAUUUAAUAAAUAGGAUAUUUUUAUAUCUUAUGUUGGCAACAUGAUUUCUUUCGUUUUUGAAAGAGCUUUGAACGAUUUUCAUCCAUAUUGGGCAUCCAAAUUAAUAUUGAAGAAUAAGAUACAUGAUAAACAUCAUAGGUUGAUAGACAAAUAAAUUUAUGAAUUUGAAUCAAAGUUGUCUCUUAAAUUAAUUAAAGAUGGAGAGUUCUUGCCAUAUUAUGAUUAUUUGAAAUAAAUUGAAGAGGAGUUGAUGAUUUCUCACAAUUGGAGAACUUUGAAGUUACAUUAAAUGAAGCAAGAAGAAAAACAUAGAUACAAAUUAGGUGAAGAUCCUAGUAGUCCUUAAUUUGAAGAGAAAAUAAUUGUAUCUGCUCUAGAUGUUGAGGAUAGUAAAUACUUAGAGUAAGAUGGAGUUGAUGAAUCAGCAAAUAAUAUUUUUAUUAAUUGUUAGUCCAAAUCUACUCCAAAAUAACAUUAUCAAGAAAUUACUUAAAAUAUAUUUGAAACAACCCCAAUUAUUAGUGCAGAUGCAGAGUCUGAAUCAAACUCAGAAUCUUCGAAUAAUGAGAGUGAGUAACCCAUUGAAAGAAAGUUUGUUUAGGAGACUGGUAAACCAAUUGAUCCUUUGGAUUAAUUGAAAGAGGUUUUAUAGGGGUUGGGCUUGAAAUCUAAUUAACAAAAUAAAUUAUCUCAUUCUGAUCAAUUAGAUAGGGAAAAAGUAAUUAAAAAUAGAAAUCUAUCCAACUCAUUAAAUCACGAAGAAUAGAAAAAUAAGCUUAUGACUGCUUCACUUAGAGAUGAUUAUGAAGCGCCAUCACUUAGAAUUGAAAGAAGAAGCUCUCUCCAAUUAGUCUCAAAUGUCAAGAAAUUGAAUAAAAAUUUUGAGGAAUUUCACAUUGAUUUUUUCAAUAAUCGUAAAAUCCUCAAAAAAGAUGAUAAUAGUAUUUUGAAAGUUGAUGAGAUUGAUUUUGAAAAACUACCUUAAAAAUAAAUAAUUUAAGUUGUUUUUUAAAAAUAACAUGAAGAAGUUGUACUAAAGACAAAAUUAGUGGAGGAACCAAAGGAAGAAAACAAUUUGUUUCCUAAGUUUGAGAAGGUCGAGGAUAUUAAAUUUAGAUAACUAUAACAAAAGGAUCUCCACUUUCUAGAAUUUCUAAAAAACUAGGAAUGA